UUGUUAGAAGUAAAUGGGUAAGCAUAGAACGUUCUUCCAGAUAUGGCAGUAGAGUCAUAAUGUCAAUAAUCACAGAAGAGGAGGGUGUGGACAACGGGUUUUGAAGGCCCCACAAAAGACGAAGGCAAAGGCAAAGGCAACGGCAGCAGCUGGUGUAGGUAUCUCAUCCAUUGAAACAAAACCAGUGGUAGUGGUUUUGAGUUAAAGUCUUUCUUAACCUUGCUUCCGUUUCAUUCCGUUCCAUGGCCAUGGCCUCUCCUAUUCCCAAUUCUCUCUUCUUGAAUAGAACCUUCCACUCGCCUGCUCGCACAUUCCGUACAUGGCCGGUCUACGCAUCCCAACCUCCCAACAACCGCCAAAGGCCUCCACCGGGCGUCGACACAAGAAUUCAUUGGCAAAAUGAUGAAGAAGGUUGGAUUGGAGGCCCUACGCCUUCCCAAUCCCGGCGAGACCAGAAGGAGCAGAAUAAUAAUGCGUUGGGUCCAAGUUUUGCCGAUUUGCUCAAUAACUCAUCCGACUCUCAUUACCAGUUCUUAGGAGUUGGUGCUGAGGCUGACCUAGAAGAGAUAAAAAGUGCGUAUCGGAGAUUGUCAAAGGAAUACCAUCCCGACACCACAUCUCUCCCUCUAAAAGCUGCGUCCGACAAAUUUAUGAAACUAAAACAAGUGUACGAGGUCCUCAGCAACGAAGAAAGCCGCAAGUUCUACGACUGGACGCUUGCUCAAGAAGAGGCAAGCCGCCAAGCUGAUAAGCUAAGGAUCAAGUUGGAAGAUCCUUACGAGCAGGAGCUGCAGAACUGGAAAUCCACUCCAGAUAUGGUCGAUCGCCUUGCUGGAAGGAACAUGGACUUGAGUGAUCAGGCCACCACAGCUCUUACCUUGGAUAUCCUUAUCAUUCUCUUUGCUAUAGGCUGCAUUGUGUAUGUCCUCCUCUUUAAGGAACCAUAUUAUUGAUUAGAUACAAACUACCAUACAAGUACAACACACUUUCAAUCGCUUCCAUUUCCUUUCAAAAUCAAAUUGAAUAUUGAAUGGUACUUUUCUUUCCAGCGA